AUGGAUAGACUUCUUCAAUUCGUUUGCGAUAAUUCUGAGCUUUACCAGUUUUCAGUCGUCCUAAAGCGUUUUGUGGAACAACAAGAUCAAGUUCCUGACACGAAUUACUUAGAAUCUCUACAGCUGGUUUUACAGACGCUUGAAAAAUCACAACACCUCAGCGAGGAUUUGGUUACUAAGGUUUUGCGAGAGGUCUGUUGGCCGAUCGUGUACAGUCGUGCGGACGGAAGCCAAAGAAAAAAGCUACAUCUUUGUUAUGAUAUUGUAGCGUUAUGUUGCUCAGUUUAUCCGACAAAAAUACUGUCAGAAGUUCAUGAGAAAUCCUUAGAGAUUCUCAGGCGGUAUGUUUCAGAGAAAAGUGCCACUGACGAAAAUUCUCAUGAUGUUUCGGUGACAUUGGACCUCAUUGGAAAUCUUGUCAAGGCAGAGGCCUUUGAGUCUGGUGAAGAUACUGGGCUAAACUCUGGAGAAUUUGGAGAUGAACUCUUCAAGGAACUGUUAAAUCUGUUACCCUGCACUACUGAGAAGUUAUGUGCCAAGCUGACUGGUGCUGUGUUGCCGCAUUUCCUGAAAUUCAAAAGAACCGAAAGGUGUGAGGUAAGGUAAUGUAAUUUGUUAAAUAAGUAAAUGUGGUUUAACUAGCUCCCUCCCUUUCUCUCUCUCCAAAGUUCAAAGUUUGGCCCAAGUAGAUGGUUGGAGCGCAGUUGAGAAUUUCCCCAAAGUCAAGUGUGAGCUUCUCAACAUAAAAUCUCCCUAACAUCCAGGUCAUAUAACUGGGAUUAAUUUGAUUGAGGGAACAUUGUUAUAAUAAUAUUAUAAUUGUAGCCUGCUUCGUUGGCAGAAUAUUUUGCACACAACUGUUAGUAAACACCUGUGGAAUGAAUUUAACUGUAAAUCUGUGACAGUGCUCCAAGCUGUGACUGUUUUGGUUGCCAUGGUGAGUAGAAAAAAAUUUUGGCGAAUAAAAUUGCGGUAAAGUCGUCAAUUUGGUGACCUGUGUUCAGUGAUCACGUGCCAAGCUAUUCCGAGAUUUUGCGAGAAGCUUUUUUUAUAGUAGUUAGUGUUUAUGGUCCUUUUAAGUUAAAGUGAGAUUUUGUAUGAAAUAUCAUUAUGCUCUGUUUUCUUGAUAAUUUGCCUAGUUUCACCCUGUUUCUCUGGGUAUUAAGUCAUCAGAUGUUGUGUGCACCUUUAAAUUCUACUGCGAUGGUUGGGCAGCCAUUUUGAUUCUUUCAAACAUUUGUGUAGUAUUGCACAAAGUGUCUCUUUUUUCUGGCAACCGAUAUUAAUUUUUUGUCUGGUGACCAUUUUACAGUUUUAGGUCACCAAAAGGUGACUUCGAAAAAAGUUUAGACUGUUCACAGUCCCCUAUUUUUUCGUGAGAUCGUCGAGGAUGUAGCACGUCUUAUGUACCAAGGGGGCAGGCGUCAGGGAUUAUAGCUCUAGGGGGAGGGGGGUGAGAAAAAUAGAGGGACUGUAAUAAUAUCAUUGCAGCUCGCAUUCACAGAGUGUGUUGUACCAGCAAUGCAGGCAUUUGAUCGGUAAUUAGACAACAGAUGUUAAUUUGCGUUGACAUCGGGUUUAGUUUAAAUUGCCGACACUGACAAGUCAUUGACAAGUCAUUGUUUCUAUAAAACGUACACUUUCAUAAUAAUACCAUAAGGCACAUCUUGCGCAAACACACGAAGGAUUUUUGGUAUUUUUUGGAUGAAUCAUGUAAUCCAACUUGCCUUUGAAGCAGCCGGACCAGGAGAAUGUGGUAACGUUGAUGCAAAAAAGAUGACCUUUCAGAAAUGCUUAGCUUUUUAUAGGGAGGUUUAACUGUUUUAAUCUGUGGUGAAGCAAGCAUGCUUAGCACUUCAAUUAGGAAAAUGUUUCACCUUUGAAUGUUUGCCAAUUUUUUUUUUGGAGUUAUGGCCCAGAAACUGUAUAAAAUCACUGUUUUGAAAGGAGAUAUUUGUAAAUAAGUGUUAUCGAUACUAAACAUGUCUGGCAUGUUUUUCAUCACCAGCAGAGUUUCUUAAUUAAUGAAUUGUAAAAGGCAUGAAAUUCCUGUCACGCCUCCUGAACACGAACUGUAGUGAUGUUAUUACAGUCCCUUUAUUUUUCUCGCUUCCUUCCAAACCGCCCCCACCUCCUAAGUAGUUUUGACACUCAUGCAAGAUGGCAGCGCGUAACGGAAAGCACUCGAUCUCGAUUAUCCUCUAGAAAAAUAGAGGACUGUGAACAGUCUAAAAAAAGUUGAGCAUGGAGAACUGCACAAGAGGAAUGGGCAAAAAUCCGAGAUCUGUAGAGUACUUAAUAUAACCUGAAAUAAUCCACCUCACGCUGUUUAUUAAUAGUUUCAAUGCCAACUUUUUCCAUUUCUCUAGCUGUUAAUUUGUCUGUGAUAUCAUAAUUCUUUUUCAGCAUAAUUAUACAGGAAUGGGAACAGUUUUCUUACCUGUAAUAUACAGAUCAAAGUAAUAAAGCAUUUAGGGUGCUACGUAAUUUACUAUGCUGGGCAGGAUUUUUGCUUAAGUUUUUGCCGUAUGUCAUGAGAAAUAACAAGAUUUCCCAAAGAGUGAUAAGGAUGACUUCAAAAUAAAAGCAAAAUAAAGCAAUAGCAAUUGAAAUAACAAUAGCUCAAGUACAACUAUAUUUUGACCUCAAGUGCUAAAACUCUUUCACAUUCCUCAAGAGAGACAACUCCAGGCCUCUAUUUGUUAAACAUUUGGCAGCAUGAUAUCACAUACUCCUCCCCUCUUUACAAUUCUAUAUUCCCAAUAUUUAUGGGCUUGGGAAUUGGAAAAGUGGUAAAUCCCAAGCUGUCCCCAUGCUUGCCGCCGCAAAAAUUUUUACAAAAUUUCAAAUUCUCCCACCGAGCCAUGAAUGUUAAUCCUUAUAUUUCGACAGCUGACACUCAAAUCAGCACUUCUUCAUUAGUUUUUUUAAAAUGUCUCCUUCUUAUCGUCUUAUCUUCAUUCUUUAUUUUUCACCUAUAGUUUUUUAUUUAUUCAUUUGUUUUUCAGUUUCCAUUCUUGUGCUUAAACUCAUAAAAUAUGUCAGUUACUGACACCUUUCAAAAAAAAAUUCAUCCAGACCAUACUCUAUUAUUCAGUUAGUAAGUUCGUGUUGAAAUAGGCUAUAUAAUAUGUUGUUUUCACUCAUUUUUUAGGCAGUAUGGCAUGUAGUGAAACUGGUAUUCCAAAAUGAAGAAACUGAGUCAACGACCAAAACAUUUGCUAUUCUCUGUGGUCUUGCAGACUUCUUUUGUAGCCCAGGCAACAGCUACAACCUUUUUGAUAAACCUGAGUUUUGGGAAAUGAUUCAGAAUGGUAUCGUGUUGAAUGAACCUCUUUCAAGAAAAAGGUCCAUGUAUCUUUUAAAAAGGUCUUUAGAUGUUUUGGACAAGCAGUUGGGUGAUUUAUCAGUAGUAAGCAAGAAAGGAAAUCGCAUCUUUUACUGGGCAUCUACGAAUAAGGAUUCUCUGAGGAGUUUAUGGCAGGAUUUUGUCCUAAUUAUGGAGACUCUGGAUGAAAAGCAGGUAGAGAUUCAUUCGCAAAUUUACGGUAAUGCAAUAAUUUUGUUUUAAUCACAAAUAUGACUGCAGACCAAAUUAAAAUUAAAACAUAAAAGAUUCUGAGAAUUGUUUGGUAGCAGUGAAAAAAAAAAACAACAAAAAAACUACAAAAGCACACAUGUGAUGGUUGAUAUUGUUUAAUUAUUUAGGCAUGAGACAUACUGCCAUUGGUGUAUUAAUUCUGACAUCGGGAGAGCUAAUAGCUAAUCAGAUAAGAGAAUUCUAGUAUAGCUAUGAUUAUCUCAAAUAAGCAUUCCGUUUCUAGCACCCCAACCCCCCACCUCCCAAAUAUAAAUCAUUGACACAUUACAUGUACUUUCUUUUGAUUUAGUCUUCCCAGUUAGCAAGUUUAGUUUGAAUAUAAAAGAUAAAGUUGGCCCCAUGUAAGGAAUCCAAGACAGUCCAGCUUGGAUUCUGGAUUCCACUCAUGUCAAGGAUUCAGGAUUCUUUGUCAGUGAAACUUAGAUUCUGGAUUCCAAUCAUUGGACACAGUGGGAUUCCGGAUCCCACAACUCAAAUUUCCAGGAUUCAAGAUUCCACAAGCAAAAAUUUCCUGGAUUCCCUUACAUGGGACAAUAAAGACUUGUACAUAAUAUAAUAUUACUUUGUUUAUAUUUUAAUUUACUAGACUGUAGAUGAUUGAGCUUAUGUUACAGAGGUAAACACAACUUUCGAAUUUCAGGCACACAUUAUUAAACCAGUUUUGCCACGAAUAUCAUGUAUAGUGGAUGCCACCAAGAAUAUCAUUAAUGGUAAGAUGCAAAGGAUAAGCUCAAACAUGUUAAAUUUUUAUUAUGUUUUCUUUUAAUUAUUGCAUGUAAUCCUACAGGCCUCUCAAAGAUCGCUAUCGUAAUCUUUUAAUGGUUGGCUUGGCAGUGCCUAAGCCUAGUGCCAAAUCACAGUUUCUUGAAUUUUGUACCUUUUCAUUGAUUUGCAAAAAAGGAUUACCUUUUAUGCAAACUCUCAUGUUCAUUAGUAUUCUUUGUAUAAAGUAUUCAUCCUAAUCAGCAUUCCUUUUCAAAUCAAUCCCCUGACUUUUCAGUAAGAUGAAUUUUACGGGUUAAUAUAAGGGUUCUCCCCGUGAUUAAAUCCAUGUAUUCAAUUGGAAAAUAUGCCUACUGAAUCUGUAUCAGUUUUUGAAGUUCUUUAUAGCAAGAACCGCAAUUAUUAACUUUUCAGCUAUUUUAAUUAUAGUUUUUCCUGCCGUUUUACCUUGCAGGUGAAAUAAUGCUGGAUAUUUCUUGGCUCCUUACACUGUACUACAGAGCAGCCCAACAUGAUAACAAGUUUAUCUGCAGAUGGGCCAUCCUGGACCUUCUGAGUAUGGAUCUUAAUUGCUCUCCACUUCUGAGCCCUUGCUAUUGGUGGUUCCUCUAUGGUCCCCUUAUGAGAAUGCUGAGUGAGUAUAAUAUUUAUGCCAGGUCAGAUGAUGACAUGAAGGGAGAUGCACCUGCCGUCGGGAUGGCCGUUGUCACGUUUUUCACAAGCUUUGCUGAACGCCUCCAGGUCAAUAACAGGCCAGCGUUUUGUGCUGGACUUCUAUCUGCAAUUGUCAGGCAAGAAUUUACCCAAGUUCCUCUGGUAUUUAUGUCGCAGAUGUUGGCAAGUUUGCCUUCUUGUCCGGCUUGGGAUUCCGAAGCGGUGUCAAUCAUUCGUGGCAUCUUUCCCUUGUUUAGAACUUUCAACCCACAUAUGACUGUAGCUAUUCAAAGUUUUCUCUUGAAGGCAGUUAUAAAUCUGACGAAUCCAAGACGUGUGAGCUGGACUGUCCUUGGUGAUUUCCUCUCUCUUUUUUCUACUAUCGAUUGCUUGUGCCGGGGAAACGAUUUGUGGGAAGCAACGGUCAAUUUUGUUGAGACGAUUCGCGGCUCUGUGUGUCACGAAACCCCUGGUGAAUCAGGACUGACUGAACUGACGAGUACUUCCAACCCGUUUAACCACCUAAAGAGUAGAAUAGAAGCAUUUCUUAAUGACCAAACACCAGUGAUUCCAGCCAGUGAUUCCGAGGCACAGUCUGUGAUAAGAUUAUUGGUUAUCUCGUGUGACGCUCAUCUCAAGUUUUCAAAGAAUUUAACAACUAAACAGCCAGUGCAGGAAAUUCUUCAGCAAAUCGUUACAGUCAUUCAUCAUGCAAGUAGCCAUGUUUAUGCCCCAGACCGCAAAACAGAACGGGCGGCUAUCCUUCUAUCGGGCAUUUUACACCACUUAAACAGUACUGCACCAGCCUGCAGUCGCAACUCUAGUCAAAACACAGCGAGCGCUGGUAAUUCAAAACUGAAGGUCGAUAACUCCGCCUAUUUAAUGUUUGAACUGCUUAGGUCGAGUGGGCCCGACAUGUUAGAGCUCUUACUAAGGAAACUAACCGCGGCUGCCAUGAAUGUAUCUCACGCAGAUUUCAGCUUUGCAUUUCUUGACCUUACAAAUGAGUUGUACAUUUUUAUGACCGCGAACAUUGAAGACCAGGAAGUGGAAUGUUAUUAUCACUUUAUUGACAACCUCAUUCAAAAAAGCAGAAAAAUGGUUUUGGAUAAACAGUCAGGCAGACAGCAUCUUACAUUAAGUGACUGGCGUUCGUUUGCUUUGUCGAUGAAGUGCCUUGCCUUUUGCUGUAACGUUUUGAAGACCGAGCAACUCCCCUCUUCAAGCUAUUUGAUGUACACUUUGUUACAAACGAUAGCUGAACUCGACCUAAGUUCUGAGUUUCCAAAACCUAAGUUCCUGUACCCAGGUGAAGAAGGUGAUCAUACAUCAACAGAAGCUAGUCCGCUUAUUAAGAAAGGCUGGGGAAGACUGGUGUCUGACGUUUUGGAAGCUCAGUGGCUGUGCGUGGGAUUCCUGAUUGAAGAAUCUCAGCGCUACACCGAAGACAAAGACCAAGAAAUGAAGAAGAAGUUGGAGAAUUUCCUAGUGGAUCUGCCUGAAACCACCCUUAAAGCCUUAUCUCUCGGCUCGGGUCAAGCGAUUUUACCCAUCAUAAAAUGCGUCCGCUUACUAACUCCUCGCAUGCUGCUGAAAGAUGCGUCAUUGUGUUCGCGGGCCUUGGAGUCCGUUUGGUGGACAUUUCAGAAUCGACAAAAGGGAGAUCACAUCUGGUUUUGGGGAACGUUGAGAGAGACCACUCAAGUGCUUUUCAGCCCCUGCCUUUUGACUCUACCGGAAGACCACCCCAUCACUGCAAUCGUGCGCAAGUACUGGGCCGAGCUGUUGGCUAUGGGACAAGACCGUCCAGGGAUCGUGAAUCAUGUGAUCGAGCCGUGCUGUAAGUUUUGGACAAGUUCACACUGUGAUUACAACCACACAAUUUCAGCUUCUCAAUUUAGUGAGGGAGAUCGUAAACAGAGCUUGGAGGUUCACCUUGACUUUAUCAUCGAAGCCAGCAUUUUUGGUCCCAGUGAAAAGAAGACCAUUCGUGUCACUAACUUCGUACUGGAGUACGUGCACCGUCUGAGUGAACAAUACGAGAUAUGCCCUGUAACUGUGAACGAAUUGCGUGAUGACACGCGUGUGCGAGUGAACGCGAUCAAUACACUUAUGAUGUUAAGUCCAAAAGAUCCGCGCGAUUCCAAGCUUCUACAGCGCGUCAUCCAUGCAUUAAUUGCCAAAAAUAGUGAUCUACUGGAAGAUAAACCACGAUCAUCUAUUAAUUCCUACGCCCAUAGAAGGAAGCACCGGGUGUGGCAGGCAGUGCUUGUUAGCCUGUCCCUUUUACUUGAAGAAGGAGAUGCAACAGAAUCGUUUUUUCGUCAGGUUUUAGAAGGAAUGUUUGGUGCCAUUCUUGGCGAUAACCAAGUGUCUGUACGAAACUUCGUUCAAUGGGGGUUGGUGCUUAUACUGGGCAGGUAAAGACACUGAGAUGACAGGGGUUACUUUACUAUUAUUGUUGGAAAACAACAAGUUUUGUUUUAUUAACUAACUGUGUUGGUAAAGUCAAAUGACCAUCGUAGAAUGAUUCAGAAGCUGACGUUUCGACAGCUAUUGUAGUGGUGAAUUUAAAUCAACAAAUCAGUUGAUGUAACGAAACUUUUCUCUGGCACUCUUUCACCGACAUUUGCAGUGUCACAGUUUGAUCGUUGCCACUUUUUCGGGUUCGACGCCCGUAUUAUGUGUGCAGCUCUUUGAUUUUUGAUAAAUUUGUUCACUAGGUUGCAAUAUUUUUGUAGUUAGAAAAAGUAUCCCCCAAUACCUCUUCAAGACUGAAAAAUUAAUGUUCAUUUCACAAUAAUCUCUGUGCAAAACCCUCAAAUUCAAGUGGAGAAAAGCUUGAAUCAAUUAUAAGGGAAAUUGUGUGAUGCAAGUAUGGACAAAAACAAAGGAAGUCAGUGUUUUUUGAACGGUUGCCAAAAAUGUCAUAUUUUGGUUAGCCCCAGGAGAUGUACCGUAUAUAUUUUUUAGGAAAGAAAAAAUAGAACUCAUCUAAAGUGAGAAUUAUAUUGUGUAUUUCCAUUUAUUUUACUAGGUUUCCAAAUCUGCUGCCGUUUCUAUGGGAACAACUCAAGUAUUACGUGGACAGACGAAGUGGCAGUGUCUUCCCACUCCUUGUUGUUGCUGCUGUUGUUGGCGAAUUCUCGUUCUCAGAUUCCUCCUCCCAAACCGCGUACUUCCGACGGGCUUUUCCCACCAUUCUUCCCUGGGUACUAGCCUCCAAUGUCGUGGUAGGUGGAUACGGUAACGCAAUGAUUUUUAGUGUUUUCUUGUGUUUCUUGGGAUCUAACGAUGGACUCAAUUCACGGGACCACUGUGUACGGGGCUGUCAGAUACCUUACUUUGUGCCUAUGCCGAAUAAUAGUAAGAUAUAUGAAAUAUAACUUCGAUGUAACGAGACCUCGUUAUAGCGAAUAUGUUUUGCCAGUCUCUCGGCUCUUCGUUUUUUUGGACGUGCCUACUUGACUACUCGGUGCGAUUGCAUCAAGACAAAAAUGUACAAAAUUUUGCAAAAAAAAAUCAUUGCUGUGUCUUCUAAAGGCGCCUGUUCAUGUCCUCGUGGUUUUACUGAAACAAACUUGCAGAAAUUUCUUUGCCAGUUCAUUUCCAACCGAUACGCGACUUAGUUCGAAGCUAGAGCAAGUACAAGUCUGUUAGCUGAGUUUUUUUUAGCCUGUACACAGACGUUGUUUUAUUUUUCUUUUCGUUCUUUUCGAGAACACCGGCGAGCUCGCGAGCGAAACGAGCUUGGAGCGCGAGAAAGAAAAUUUAUUUUCUUCUUCCUCCACCCCUACCUCCUUACGCUAGUAGGCAAUAAAUCCCCUGCGGUUUAUAUUUUAUCACGCGCGCUCGACGGACUUUGAAGAGAAAAUAGAGGGUCUGUGAACAGGCUAAGUCUUUAACACCCUAAUUCGUUUCGAUUUUGCUGUGUUUUGGUCUAACAGAAUCUUAACCCUUUCUCUCUUUCAGGUUCAGGCUUACGCGCAGGUCGCGUUACAGAAAAUGUGGCUCACCUGCCAGCGGCAGAACUUACGCGAGGUCAUGUCUGAUUACGCGGUCAUCGAGUCCUGUGUGAAUUUCCUAGAAUCAAGCAACGAAGGCCUUCGUCAAAAGGUUCGUGUGUUGGGAGAUUUCUUCUUCCUUGACUUGCACCCUUACCUUGACUUUUCUGUGCAGACGCUGUACGAGAUUCUUCCUCGCCUAGCGGAGGUAACUGAUGAAGAGUGGAUUUCUCCCAACGGUUUCAUGAAUGGAACACUAGGCAUGCGAGUUUGGAAGUCACGUGGGGAUGGUUUUCAUAGAUUGAAACUUAUUAACCCAGAUGAUACACGUCUGUCAAAGUUACUGGAUGCUCCACGAUAUAACUACGAAGAAGGCAUCGGAGAACAAAUAAUGCGAAGAUUAACUGGAAAAGCAAUUUACGAGAAGAAUGAGCUUCAAGGCAAUGACGUCAUGUGUAGACUUCAGAGUGGUGAUGUACAGAAGAAGAUCAGACCAUGGAAAGUGAUCCCACCUGAUGAAGAAAUGAUGUCUGAAAUGCAACAACAGCGCAUGGUAAAUAUGCACAAGAAUUCCGCUGGAAACCUGAUUGUAGUCGCAUCACUGAUCGACAAGGCUCCCAAUCUCGGUGGUUUGUGUCGCACCUGCGAGAUUUUUGGCGUGCAGACACUGGUGCUGAGUAACUCACACGUGACUGAAGACAUUCAGUUUAAAUCGCUGAGUGUGAGUGCUGCUAAAUGGAUGAAUCUUCAAGAAGUGCGCAUAUCAAGUCUUAAGUCCUAUCUAGAGAGCAUGCGUCAUGAGGGUUACACACUGAUCGGCGUCGAACAAACAGCCAACAGUGAGAGCUUGACUCGGUACCAGUUUCCGCGUAAGACGCUGCUAUUACUUGGUAACGAGAAAGAGGGAAUACCGGUUGACCUCAUUCAGAUGUUGGACGUGUGUGUGGAGAUCCCGCAGGUUGGGAUCAUUAGGUCUUUAAACGUGCACGUGAGUGGAGCUCUUAUUGUUUGGGAAUACACGCGACAGAGGCUUCUGGAAGCAGGAACACGUGAUCAUAAUUUAUGAC